AUGUCUGUCCCGGGGGAAUUUCCAGCAGCGCCGAUGACAUAUCGGGAGCGGCUGGCGCAGUUCAAAAUCUUGGAGGAGAAGAGACUUGAGCUGAUCGAGGAGCUAUUAGACAAGCUUGAGAAGACCGAGUCACGCCUCGCACAAACUGAGCUCGACCUCAACUCCGAACAGAAUGUUAGGCGGACGUUGCAGGCUGAAGCCUCCGACUCGAAAGUGAGAGAAGAAGUGUUAGUUCAAAAGCAGGCACGGCGGCCGUUCGUAUUAGUUCUUAUCGACGCAGACGCAGAUGGAUUCCUCUUCCAUGACAAGUACAUCACCCGUAAAGCCCAAGGCGGUGAAGCACUAGCCGACGAGCUCCUCAACCGAACACGCGAGUACCUCCGCCCACAGUUUGAGGAUGCAGACUCCUUAGACAUCAUCGUGCGAGUGUAUGCCAACCUUGAAGGCAUGGCAAACUACCUCGUUCGAAUGGACAAAGUUAGGAAUCUGGGGCAGUUGAGAGCUUUUUCAACAGGAUUCUGCGGGCGUAUGUCGAGCUUUGAUUGGAUUGAUACCGGGGUGGGUAAAGAAGGUGGAUCUGGGAGGAAAGUACGAGAGAGCCUCGCGUUCUACACAACAAACUGCCAUCUCCGGCACAUCAUCGUAGGCUGCUCGCCCGCCAAUCUUCCAGCCUCACUUCUCUCGAGUAUACCCCUCGAAAAGGUUACGCUCAUUGAGUCGAUACCGCUACCUGCCGCACUCACCACACUUCCCAUUAAAGUCACAAGGUUCACCACAUUGUUCCUAGGGCCCCCAUCACCUAAGUCGCCAAAACCUCGAGGGCAGAAUGGACCACAACUGCAGCUCAUGCAGCAGGAAGAGGAUGGAGGUGGAUCGACAUGGCUAGUGAUUCAGCCGGAGAGGAGCAAGAGUCAGAGCGCUGGGGUGAGGAGGAGAGAGCGUGGUGGAAGUUCGGACGGGAAUGACAGCUUGAGUAUUAGCAUUGGGCCGGACAAUACUGUUAGUGUUGAUAGUGGGAGGCGGCGGCGGAUCAUGGGUUAGCACUGUUAGUACUCAGGUGAGCGCAAGAGAAGCAGGGAUAGCGAUAGAGGAAGGACCAAGACUGAAAAGCAUUUCCGGGGCGGCAACAACCGAGGGUAAACGGUUGCAUACGAGAAGUACUUGGUCAAGUUUGAUAGCAUAGCGUGGCAUCAGCAUUUUCAGCAUAUACGCAGUGUAGAAUACCUACACCGCAAAUUUUGAUUCGCUGUCUUUUGCAUCCCAGUACUGACGCUUAGCGCCCUAGUUGAGUAACGUCAACGAGUAGAGGCCUUAGCUCGGAUAUCCACGAAGCC